CAUCACAGGCCUUGUUUGAUAACAUUGAGGAUCCGAGACACUGGACGAGACGAGGGCGGCGGUCUGCUUUUCGAUCAUUUUUGGAUUUCUUUCAGCGUGGCAGCAGAGGAGAAAAGCAUACGAAUAAAUCUGAUUAAAGCUAAGAACGUUCCUCUACACCUACAUCCAGUGUUUCUCCAUUGUUUGCGCUGUUAGGGUGAUGUCAGCAGCCUGUCUUGCACGCCUGGCAAGGUGUGGUGGCACAUGUAACCCUCAUGGUUACAUUAGUCUUCUGCAGAUGGCCUUGGUUCCAGUCCCAUUUCAGCAAGACAGCCACCUACAAUUUACUAUCUUAAGGAGACACAUUUACAGCCCUUCAGGGAGACGACACAGCAACACACGCUUUGACGCAGACAGCAGUGGCCGUCCCACUACUUGGGAUUCAUUUGGCAUCUGGGACAAUCGUAUUGAUGAACCAAUCUUGCUGCCUCCCAGCAUCCGCUAUGGCAAACCUAUUCCCAAAGUUAGCCUGAAUAAAGUAGGCUGUGCUUCACUUAUUGGUCAACGCAAGGAGAAUGAAGAUCGCUUCCAGGUCUCCCAAAUGAAUGACCACAUUCUCUACUUUGCUGUGUUUGAUGGGCAUGGUGGACCAGAAGCAGCUGACUUUUGUGAGAAAUACAUGGAGAAAUUUAUCAAGGACCUUGUUGCAGAGGAGGACAAUCUUGAGUUAGUUUUAAGUAAAGCCUUCCUUGAAGUAGACAAAGCUCUCGCCAAGCACCUCCACUUCACUCCGACUGUACCCGGUAUGAACGCAGGAACCACCGCCACUGUGGCCCUGCUGAGGGAUGGCAUUGAGCUGGUGGUGGGCAGUGUGGGUGACAGUCGUGCCAUGCUGUGCCGCAAAGGCAAGGCCCUUAAACUCACUGUCGACCACACUCCUGACAGGAAGGACGAAAAAGAGAGAGUAAAGAAGAGUGGAGGUUUUAUCACCUGGAACAGUCUGGGGCAGCCAAACGUUAAUGGCAGGUUGGCAAUGACACGCAGUAUUGGAGACUUUGACCUGAAAAACAUGGGAGUCAUUGCUGAGCCUGAAACCAAGAGAAUAUCAUUGCACCAUGUGCACGACUCGUUCCUGGCGUUGACCACAGAUGGUGUUAACUUCAUUAUGAAUAGUCAGGAGAUCUGUAAUAUCAUCAACCAGUGCCACGACCCCAAGGAGGCAGCUCAGAGGAUAUCCGACCAGGCUCUACAGUAUGGCUCUGAGGACAACAGCACAAUCAUUGUGGUGCCUUUUGGUGCUUGGGGAAAGCACAAGAAUUCGGACACAAGUUUCUCAUUCAGUCGGAGCUUCGUGUCAAGCGGCCGCUGGGCAUAGCAUGCAGGCUGUCGGAUCAAAGGCAGUGGUCUGUGGACCUAAUCAGUGUGUGCAAUACAGUCCAGGAACAGUGUCGUUUAGGGACCAUUCUAAAGAGUGGUGUGCCCAGAAAGUAAUACCCAAGGCUUAGAAGAUGUUAAUUUAGAGUUAGCAUGAUAUUUAUUAGUCUCAGUCAUGUAAGAGGCAGUGAAGUCAUGAUGUGCACUAAAUGAAAAGCAUCCUCUUGAUACUAAGUUUUAUCUGCUCAAAAGCCAAUGACCUUAUAGGUAUAAAAAUCUCAUUAUUUUCUGAAUGGCAGACAGGUUUGCAGGAAACAGUCACUUAGCAAAUGUGCACACCACAGUAUAUUAGCUAAGAGUUUAAGACUAGUAUUCCUGUCUACGAGUCAGAAAAUUUAAAAAUCUGCUUAGCCGUUCAGCUCACUUUAAUUGUUCAUAAAUAAAAGACAAAGUCAGUGGGAAAAAAUGUAAAAGACAUUUGUGAAAUGGGAAAAUGAACUCUGUUCAUAAUGCCCAAGUUUGCACUUUAAUUUCAGCAUUAACUCGGAUAAGUUGCAAAAAAAGACUGAGCAACUGUAUUUUACCAGCUGUUUUUUGUCAACAGUCUGUAUUUUUAGACCAUUUGUCAGUGUUACAGAACACAUGCACUUAUGCAAGUGGCAAAAACUUCAUCUGUCAAAUCACAAACAACUGAACCCCCUAUAUGGCAUAAAAGCUAAUAAACAUAAACGGUCCACUAGAUAGAUUUAAUUUAUUUAUCCCAAACUGGGAAAUUACAAUCUGACUUCUGAGGAUACUGAAUUAGAAACAUCAGUAAAAUAAAUGUACAAUCAGCCCUUAAUGAGGAAAACUGCUCUUAGAAUUAACCAUACUUUAACAUAAGUUUCUGCAUUUUGAAGUUUGGUCUUAUUGGUCAGUUAUUGAAAUUCAGCUGUUUUUAAUACUUCAAACCUACUUUCUUUGGUCCUGGUAGUUUCAUAUAAGAAUAAUUUGAGCUUCUGAAUUUGGUUGCGUUGAUUUAAAAUCCCCACCAACACCUUUUAUUUACUGUGUAAGCAGUACUAAAGCACCGCCACAGCACAACUCUAAAUGACACAUUCACAAAAUCUUGAAUGUUCUGUGAUCUGGUCAGUUUGUGAGAUGAAUGGCGCUGCUUCAAGUGUUUGUGGCUGAAACUAGUAUUUGAAAUAAUAUCCAUGUUUCUUGCUAUUAGGGCUGCAACUAACAUACACAGCUUAGUUGAAUUAGGGGGAAAGUAUGACAUGAUUUAAAAAAAAAAAAAGAAAAAAAAAAGUCCAACGUAAGGUCUGAGGAUGACUCGUUCAUCGAAAAUCUGAAGCCAUUUCAUGAAAUGACAGAAAAGGGUAGAGAAACAGCCAAAUCCUCACAUUCGUGAAGCUGAAACAAAACAUGAUUGCAUGUUCACUUGGAAAAUCACAAAGGUGCUUCAUAAAUGACUUGUUGCAGCUGUACUUGUGUUGUACACGUUGCUUUAGCUUGUAUAAAUGUUGAUAUCUGUACUGAUCCGAGACCAGUCCUUGUUGGGGGACACUCUGAAGUCUUGAGGGUACGGAAAUGUAUAAUAUAUAGUGUUUUGUAUAUAAUUCUAUUUAUGUACAUUCAGAAAACUUCUAAACCUGUUACAUUUGUGUAAUAGUCUCCUCAAAAGUAUCUCGUUGUUUCACAAAUGCUAGUUGGUGUUUGUGUCCCUCAUGUGAAUUCCUCAGCUUUACCACUGUUUAUGGUUUGUAAGGAACAAAGCACACUUAAUGCAAUACUAAAGAUCUGUGCAGCAGAGCCAUGUAUGACAAUGUGAAUGUUUGCUAAAAUGCCCUCCAUCCUUAAAAAUACAAUCAAACCCAUGAGGCUGUUUAACUAGUGUCUGCUAACUUUAGUUCCACCCUUUAACAGUUUGGGUUCACUGUUAUGAUCUUUUUGUUUUGUGGUUGUUACAGCUACAUAGAUAAAUGUUAAGCCAUCAUCACUUCAUUUUCAUAGUUCUUCUGUUCAUUCAGUUCUUCCACUUACUCAUACACUGAAAGAAACCUUGUUUGAUCAGAAGGACUUUGCCGUUCUAUUUAACACAUCCCUUCUUACAGGCUUGUAUCAUACUGCGUGUUCGCUGUUUCUUUUCUGUAUAUUCCUUGUAUUUUCUAUGUGACUCUGUUAGUACUGUAUUUUUGGUCGAAAUGGCUUGUGAUACUUCCAAAUAAAAACCAUACAUCA